CGAAAUCCUAAAGUUGAUUGUGUACCGUGUGUUAAAGUGAACAGCGCAAUGUCCUUUGAAAAUAAAGUUAUUUUGAUAACCGGUGCCUCAAAUGGGAUCGGUGCGGCAGCGGCGGAAUAUUUUGCAAAACACGGUGCCUUACUAGCGCUUGUCGGACAAGAUGGACAGAGAUUCAAAAAGGUUGUGAAAAAAAUUAUCGCAUGUGGUGUAACUAGUGAACCGCUGGUCAUUUUGGGCGAUGUUACGAUUGAUGCAGAACGAAUUAUCAAUGAAACCAUUGAAAAGUAUGGUCGUUUGGACAUUUUAAUCAAUAAUGCUGGUAUCGGCAUUCAUGGAACGAUUGAAAACGUGAAAAUGGAGGAUUUUGAUACCGUCAUGACCAUAAAUGCUCGUAGCAUAGUUGCACUAACUCAACUUGCCGUUCCGUACUUAAUUGAAAGCAAAGGAAAUGUCGUCAAUGUCUCAAGUGCAAUGACACUAAAAACAUUUACAAAUUCUAUGGUUUUUUCGAUGUCUAAAGCCGCACUGGACCAGUUUACCAAAUGUGCAGCAUUGCACUUGGCAGAGAAAGGAGUGCGUGUAAAUUCGAUAAAUUUAAGUUUUAUUGAUACAGAUUUCUAUACAAGAGGUGGCCUUGAAAAAAAUUGCGAUGAAUAUGCUGAUUUGGUUGAAAGAAAUAUCAAAGCCCAUCCACUUGAUCGCAUUGGAUACACUAAGGAUUGUGUCAAUGCAAUUGCAUUUUUAGCGAAAGAUCGGUCGAAUUUUAUAACUGCAACACUGCUGCCCGUUGAUGGAGGUAUUAGCCUGAAAGGAGAUUUUUAG